CGCGGGGCGGGGGUGGGGGGGGCGGUCUCGCUGCUCUGCUCGCCGGAGCGUGGCCUUCUCGUGCGGAGCGGUGCGUGAGGAGGAAACAUUCAUAUUAGGAAAUGGCAAUAGCAGCUUUUCAUCCCCCAAGAAGGAAAAGAAGAGUUUUUGAGUCCUAUGAAUCUCCCUUUCCUGUGGAAGUAGGUGGGAAGGAUUUUAGAAUGUGCCAGGCUGAAAUCCUUCAUAACAAUGUUGUUGUGCGGAACCCUGAAGAUAUCAGACAGCUUUAUAACAAGGGCUAUUUUGGAAAAGGCAUUCUUUCAAGAAGUCGGCCAGUGUACAGCAUUUCAGAUCCUUCACUGGUUACCAAGUGGCAAGGUGCUAACAUAAACAUGCCUAUAAUUACAGCUAAAAAGUACCAGUAUCACGUUCAGUGGGCUGAAAGUGUUUUGCGAGAGCAAGGACUUGAUGGCUACUCAGUUACCAAACUUCUUGAAAGUUACACUAAGCCUCUUGAGCUGCCACUGUUGGAAGAGGAUGGAGCUAAACAAACCGGUGUUAGUUGCUACAGAAUGGGCCCAAGUACAGAACAUACAGAACUCUCCAGGCAGCCUUCUGCAGAUACUGGAAAUGUAGUAGACCCAAGUCCUGAGGAUGAGAACAAAGGCUGCAAGAAAGCGUGUUUGGAAGCAGAUCCAGCAUUUGAUCCCGUAUGUGGCCCUAAAGAACAGGAGCAAAGUGACUUGAAAGAGAAAGCUGAAGUGUCUUGCCAGGAGCAUGGUUUUCUUGCACACUGUAGCUGCAAGGCAGAGGAGAGCACUGAGCAUGGGUCUUGUGAAAUGAUGAAGUCAAAAGAAUGUGCUCCAGAGUAUGUACUGGUGCAAGAGGAAGAAGAAUGCAGAGUAUGUCCUGAAGAUGAGACUGCUCAUGGACAAGAAAACAUUGUCAAGAAGGAAAAACUAGUGUGCCGAAGAAAUCCAUUUAGGAUUUUUGAAUACUUACAGCUCAGCUUGGAAGAGGCUUUUUUCUUGGUGUAUGCUCUGGGAUGCUUAAGCAUUUAUUAUGGUGAGGAGCCCCUCACUAUUUUGAAGCUAUGGGAAGUUUUCAGCGAAGUGAAGCCUGAUUUUAAAACAACCUACAUGGCCUAUCACUACUUCCGCAGCAAAGGCUGGGUCCCUAAAGUUGGCCUCAAGUAUGGAACUGAUCUCUUGCUGUAUCGAAAGGGCCCCCCCUUCUAUCAUGCAAGUUAUUCUGUCAUUGCUGAAUUAGUUGAUGAUAAAUUUGAAGGCACUCUUCGCAGACCACUCAGCUGGAAAGCCUUGUCUGGGUUGAACAGAACAACUGCUAAUGCUUCUAAGGAACUGAUGUUGUGCUAUUUGAUUAAACCUUCUGACAUGACUGAAAAAGACAUGUCAACACCAGAAUGUAUGAAAAGAAUUAAGGUUCAGGAGCUGAUUGUAACUCGUUGGGUUUCUUCCCGUGAGCGCUGUGAGAAAGAGGAACUUUAACUGACAGGAUAGAAAAAACGUCUUAAAGCUACUUCUUAUUUACCUCAAGAUGAACCGUUGCCUCAGAAGGGUUUCUGUAAACAGCCAGUUGGUAUGUAUAAAUGCUGUUUACAAUGGGGUAUAUUCUGUUUACUGGAGAGGAUGUUGUAUUGAAUAACUGAACAUAUGAAGGGGAAAAUAUUAAAGCUGUGUUCCAGCUCAAA